CAUCAUAUCCCUGCCUGCACUCCAUGCCUGACAUUCCCGUCGGUUCGCAGAUAUUUGACCUUGUGUUUCAUCCUACAGAUACCACCGUCUAUACAAGUCUCUUGGAUGGUCAUAUUAAAGCAUUCAGGUACGAUGAACAGGGUCAAUACCAGCAGACCUUCUCCAUAAGGCCAUCCAAACGCUCGUGCCGCAGCCUCGCCACCAACCAGGAUGGUUCGCGUCUACACGGGGCUGGAAAGGCAAAGUCUAUUUUUGCUAUCGACACAUCUACUGGCGAUGUUUUUGACACGAGGAAAGACGCACACGACUUGCCCAUAAACCGGACGAAACAUUUACUUCCCAAUAUGUUCUGCACUGGUGACGACGACGGUGUUAUUAAGCUUUGGGACCCAAGACAAUUGCAGGAGAUACGACAAUAUGUUCACCACUUUGAUUUCAUAUCGGAUUUUUUGUGGCUAGAAAAUAAGAGACAGCUCAUAUCUACGAGCGGAGAUGGAACAUUAUCAGUGAUUGAUGUACGCGGAAGGAAAACCGAGCCACUUGCCCAAUCUGAAGAUCAGGAAGAUGAAUUGCUGUCUGUUGUCACUAUAAGGAACGGGUCAAAAGUAGUUGUCGGGACCCAACUCGGUAUACUAUCAAUUUUCAACGCUACCCAUGGUUGGGGAGACUGUGUAGACCGGGUCCCUGGUCAUCCGCAGUCCAUCGACGCGCUUUGCGGAUUACCAUCUGCUUAUCCUUCCUCCCACUCGACGAUCCUCACCGGUUCUUCCGACGGUUUGAUGCGAGUAGUUCAGUUAUUCCCCACGAAGCUCCUCGGAGUUGUUGCAGAUCAUGGCUCAUUCCCCAUUGAACGUAUCGCGAUCGACCAAAAUGGAGAAGGCCGAUGGAUAGGAAGUGCAGGGCACGAAGAUGUUUUGAAAAUGACAGAUCUCAGAGAAGUUUUCGAGGACGAGGACAGCAACCGAGACCACGAGAGCAACGAAGGGGAAAGUGGCUCCAUUGACAGGCCGAACAUGCCUGCGGACGCCGUGGAAGGCGGCGCGCUCUCAGACGCAGAAGGGAGAGGGAACGAAUCCGGUGAAUCGGAGGAGCCCAAGGAGAAGAAGAGGAAGCGCAAGGGGCAGAAAGAUACGCUCGCGGCAAAGAAGAAAAAGGGACGAAAUGAAAUAGACGCUGAUCCGUCCUUCUUUGCUGGGUUGUAA